GGGCGGCCCGCGGAGACCGCGCUCCGCUCCGCCCGGCUCGGCUGCUCGCUGCAGGGCCUGAGGCUCGCCGCCUUCCGAAAUGGCCGAGAAGUCGGACAAGGCCGUCAAGUACUACCGCCUGGAGGAGAUCCAGAAGCACAACCACAGCAAGAGCACCUGGCUCAUCCUGCACCACAAGGUGUACGAUCUCACCAAAUUCUUGGAAGAGCAUCCUGGCGGGGAGGAAGUCUUAAGGGAACAAGCCGGAGGAGAUGCCACUGAAAACUUUGAGGAUGUCGGGCACUCUACAGACGCCAGAGAGAUGUCCAAGACAUUCAUCAUCGGGGAGCUUCACCCAGAUGACUGGUCAAAGAUAGCCAAGCCUUCGGAAAGUCUCAUUACUACUGUCGAGUCUACCACCAGCUGGUGGUCCAACUGGGUGAUCCCCGCCGUCUCCGCGCUGACCGUGGCCCUGAUGUACCGCUACUACAUGGCGGAGGACUAGCCCGCGGCAGGGGCUGCCUGGACAGAGCUCGGACGCCGGAGGGAGAAUGUUCGUGUGCUUUUCCUGAAACGUAAUUGUGACGCACGCCCCCCUCCAGCUCCGUUAGAAACAACAAGCCCCAGACAACCGUCUGCUCUUUCUACUCCUCCACGUCUCAGUGUCCCUUUGUAUUCAUCAGUUUAUUUUGAUGUUCUAGCACUACAUAAUUUACCUGUUGUAGAAUGAUCUUUUAAAAAUAUACCUGUCUUUUAAAAUCCACCACCACGUGUGCCUGUCAGUUUGUCGCU